GAAGUUGUUAAACAGGAAGCGGUCGUGGAUGCUGAAGUUUUUGUUUUCUGUCUCUUCUGUCGGACAAAACAACUCUGUUAAAGAUGCACCGGAGCAGAACUUGGGACCUCUGAGGAUAGCAUGUGUGUGGAUCUGAAGUCAACUUGGGACAUUACUCAGCCUUCAGGAGACGGGAGGCAUUGCUUCUUAACUCGGACGGAGAUCGCAAGUGCGGAAUGUAUGUUGACGGUCGUUCCUGGCGACUGAAGCGAGAAACUUGCAGUGCAGAAGCUGGACAGUCUUGCCUCAGUGAAUAGCCUCUUGUUGCUCCCCCGGUCUGCUUAAGUUGAAGGAAGGCUGUCACAGAAGCAGAAAUGGAUGUGUUUGGUGGUGCGCCUCGUUUCUUAGCCUAUCCAAGACCUGUGGUGGUACAAAGUGGGGCUGACGCAGUCCUAAAGUGUCAAAUUGGUGGUGAUCCGAGGCCUGCCGUUAUCUGGGAGCGAAACAAUGAAAAGAUUGACCCACAAGGACGCUAUAGGGUCUUUGAGGAUGGCAAUGUUUACAAUCUCAUCAUUUCAGCUGUUACCACUGAGGACAGUGGUCAGUACAUCUGCAAAGCAAAGAACAGCAUCGGUGAAACAUAUGCAGCCGCCACACUGAAGGUGGAAGGGGAAGCACAAGAGAUGGAGCUUCGAGAAGAAAAUAAGCCCCGAUUCCUCAUCAAACCACUCUCCACUCGCGUUGGUCGUGGGGAAGAUGCCGUCUUCUCGUGCAAGCUCUGGGGAAGCCCACGGCCAGAGGUGGUCUGGGAAAAGGACGGUAGAAAACUCAAUGAAAUAUUUGAAAGCACACAUUUCAGUGUGGGCUACCAGGACGGGGGAUGGUUCCAGCUCAAGAUCUUUAAGACUCGUGCUCCUGAUGGUGGUGUAUAUACAUGCAAAGCAAGGAAUGAGUUUGGGGAAGCACUGGCAGGAGCUGUGCUGCUCGUUGAUGCAGGUCCAGGGCACGAGGAAGAAGGAAAUCGUAAUGGCUACACAAAUGGCCACUGGAAAGCCCACCAGGGAAAACAAAGGAGUGGUAGGCAAGUGCCGAACCGCCUUAAAGAUGACACCAUGACCAAGUCAACUAAAGUAAAAAUGUUUGCAGUGACAGAGGGCAAGCAUGCCAAAUUUCGCUGCUUUGUGACUGGUAAACCCAAGCCAGAGAUCAUUUGGAGGAAAGAUGGCAGGCUCAUACUGUCAGGAAGACGUUACUUGUUAUACGAGGACAGAGAAGGAUACUUCACACUUAAAGUUCUGUAUUGUAAGCAGAAGGAUAAUGGAGUUUAUGUUUGUGCUGCAUCAAAUACCGCGGGGCAAACCCUCAGUGCUGUACACCUCUCCGUCAAGGAGCCACCUGUCCGGUUCAAGCAGCCUCUCAUUGAUCUAGAAGUAUGGGAACGAGAUUUAGCUGUUCUCGAGUGUGAAGUUCCUGAGGACUCUGUUCCCAUCACAUGGUAUCUGGAGGACAGACGACUGCAGCCAGGGGCCAAAUACGGAAUGGAGGAGUGGGGAACAAAACGACGACUAACAAUCCGUGACAUUGGAGUCGACGAUGAUGGAAUUUAUCUCUGCGAGAUGCCUGAUGGGGGUCGAAGCAUUGCAGAGGUGGCUGUUAAAGGUACAAUAUUGCGGAAGCUUCCAAGAAAAGUGGAUGUCUUGGAAGGUGAAAAUGCAGCCUUUUGCGUUGAAGUGGAAAAAGAAGAGAUGGACAUACAUUGGUACAAGGAUGGUGUGGAGCUGCGUGAAACCCAUCAAACCAUCCUGAAGUCCUUCGGUCGAACUCACAUCUUGGUUUUCGUCAAUACAAUGCCUCAAGACUCUGGCCUUGUGACCUUCCUUGUAGGAAGAUCCAAGACUUCCUCCCAGCUCAGAGUGAAAGCGGCUAGACAUUGUCCUCCUAGUUGUCCGGUGGGAGUGCAGAUCAACACAGAGCGUGCUAAUGCAGCGCUUCUCUCAUGGGUUCCUGCUCAAGACUCACGAAAGAACCCUCCGUCUGGAUAUGUGCUGGAGCGACAAGAAGUGGGCACUGGAUCACAGGAGUGGCUACAGUGUCUGACCACUGACUCCGCGACGUCAGUGGAGAUCCUUGGUGACAGUGUCCCAUGUGAGGCCGACUAUCGGUUUCGCAUUUGUAGUGUAAACAAAUAUGGAAAGAGCAACAAUGUUGAGUUCCCUCGAACUGUUCACUUAGUUCCUGUGGCCAGAAUACAAGCCCCCUUACAGGACGCCUUGGUGCCAGAGGGCCAAGAUGGACUCUUCUCUAUUGAACUCUCUGCUUCAGUGAUUGGUACGUGGUUCUUAAAUGGAACUCAGCUUCAGGAGGAUGAGCGUUAUUCCAUGCGUCGGUCUCGAACCCACCAAUCUCUUCGCAUUCGAGGAGUACGCGAUACAGACAACGGAGCUGAGAUUACAUUUAUUGCCUAUGGCAUCCGGGAUUCUGCAGCGCUUUACAUUCAAGCUCCUCUUGUCAAGUUUUCCCCACUGUCCGAAAUGGAUCGAAACAAAUUUGUAGAAAUCGGGAACCCCAUUGUGCUCUACUGUGAGCUGUCAGACCCUGCAGCUCCAGUGCACUGGUACAAGAAUGGGGUGGAAUUACAAACAAUGGAGGGUCUUCAUAUCCAAUCAGAGGGCACCAUGAGACGAAUUGUCAUCCAAUCAGCAGAGUUCUCACAUUCAGGAGUAUAUUGCUGUGAUGCCAUUGAUGACGUCAUCAGGUUCAAUGUGGAAGUAGAGGCCCCACCUGUGAGGUUUUCAGCAAUUCCAGAUGCUGAGAGGAACAAAACCGUCCAAACAGGCUUCCCCAUUGUUUUACAAUGUGAGCUCUCAGACCCGUCUGCCCAGGUGCACUGGUACAAAGAUGGGUCAAAGCUCCAUCCUCAAAGUGGAGUAGAUAUUUUAACUGAUGGCAUUGCAAGGAAAUUGAUUGUCCAUUCAGCAGAAGUUUUCCACUCUGGCUUAUACUGCUGCAAGACAAAGGGUGACACCACCACAUUCAGUGUGGACAUCAAAGCUCCACCUAUGAAGUUCUCAGCUAUUCCUGAAGACAUGAGGACCAAGUCGAUUGAAGCAGGCUGCCCUGUGGUACUCCAGUGUGAGGUGUCGGAUCCUGAGGCCCAUGUUUGCUGGUACAAGGAUGAAAUGGAGCUCAUUUCAAACUCUGAAUUAGAAAUCCAGUCAGUGGGCACCACAAGGACAUUAGUUGUUCAGUCUGCAGAGCUGUGCCACUCUGGUGUGUACAAAUGCACCACACAGGAUGAUGCUGUGGAGUUUCAAGUGGAGAUCAAAGCUAUACCAGUGACGUACUCUACUAUCUUUGACGUUGAGAGAACCAAGUCACUUGAAGUGGGCAAACCUUUGGAGCUGGAAUGUGAGGUUGCAGACUCCACUGUGCCUGUCUGCUGGUAUAAAGAUGGUAAAAAGCUCAACCUGCAAAGUGGCUGGGAUGUACAGAGUAAUGGCACAUCGAGGAGACUCAUUAUCCCAUCUGCUGGGCUCUUGCACUCAGGGCUAUACAGCUGUGAAACCUCUGAUGACACUGUCCACUUCACUGUGGAUAUUAAAGCUCCAACGUUGGCUUUGUCGCCCUCACCGGAGGCUGUGGAGACGCAGUCACUCGAAGCAACUUGUGCCACUGAAGCUCCCUGUGAAACCUCAGACCCUGCUUUCCAGGUGUCAUGGCAGAAGGAUACAGAACCUGAUUCAGACAGAGAACCUGAUUUUGAAAUGGGAGGCAUCAAGAAGACCCUUGUUAUUGAACCAACUCACCCUUCAAACUCUGGAGCAUACUAUUGUGCAACAGCAGAUGAUGUUGCCCAAUUAAUAGUAAAAAAUCAAGUGCCACCUCCAACAUAUCAGCUUGACCCUGACGUCGAGAAGGCCACAUCUGCUGAAGCACACUGCCCAAUUGUUCAGCAAUUUGAGAUUUCAGAUCCCAUUGCCAAAGCCUGUUGGUACAAAGAUGGAACCCAGAUCUAUCCGAAAAGGGAAGCUGACUGCAGUUCAGAGAGCAGCAGCCGAAUCUUGCCCCUCCAGUCACAGUACUUGUCUGGUGAUGAGAGGUUUGACUGUGAAGCAUCUUGUGUCUCACAGUUAAAUGAGGAAACGAAAGCAGAGCAGUGUCACUAUGGUGACGAGAUUGGUGAGAUAGCUGAUGCAUCUGCCCAAUACACUGUGGAUGUCGAAGCUACAUCGCCAAGGCUCUCUUCUGACCAAGAGAAGAACAAGUCCACUGAAGGGGCUUAUCCUGUUGAAGUUAUCCAGAUGUCCUCAAAAUGCAAUUCUGGCACCUUCUGUGGCAGGGGAGGAGAUACUCUGACAUGCGAAGACUAUUCCAGGCAUAUGCCAACUUCUCAGUCAACAUAUGAAAAUGUGACUGACUGUGUUGCAACUAAACAGCCAAAGGAGCUCUCAGACGAUCAACAAAUAAUACAUGCCCAAUCUCCAGUGCACUGUAACUCUGUACAGACAACAACAAUUCAAUCUGACACACACCAUCACACUAAACAGCCCACUGAGUCACAAGGUGAGGAAUUCAUUUACUAUGCACAGCAUACAGAAGCCCCAUUUGAAGAACCUGAUAAUUCCCUGCAGACAGCUGUCCAUGCAGACGAUUUUUGUAAUUUUUUACAAACUGCAACUGCUCAAUCAGAGGAAUCCACCCUCAAGAUUCCAACUGUCCGCUCAGAGGAGUUACGCAGCUCAGUACAAAUGCCAACUGUCCAUUCAGAGCUAGGUAACCCCCCACAGACUUCGACUACCAUGCCAGAACACCCUACUAACACCUUACAGAUUUCAACAGCCAAAUCAGAGAUGUUUUGUAACUCAUUAAAAAGUGCAACCCCUCAGUCAGAGGAACCUUUUGAAUCUUUACAGGCUGCAAAUGUCCAAUCAGAAGAGUCCUUUAAAUCCUUACAGACUGCUACUGUCCAAUCAGAGGAGCCUUUUAAAUCCUUACAGACUGCUACUGUCCAAUCAGAGGAGCCUUUUAAAUCUUUACAGGCUGCAACUGUCCAAUCAGAGGGGGCCUAUAGCUCCAUGCAGAAGCCAGCUGUCCUUUCAGAGAAGCUUCUUGAUUGCUUACAAACUGAAACUAUCUAUUCAGUGGGGCCCUGUAACUCUUUAUGGACUGCAAUGGACCAAUCAGAGGAGUUAAACAGACUCCUAGAAACAUCUACCGUCCUGUCAGAGAAGCUCAGUGACUUUCCUAACGCAGCACCCCGUCAAUCCUUGGACUCGUUUGACCCUAAAGAGGUAGAGACUGUCCAACCAGAACAUUACAACUUGCGACAGUCUGAAUAUGUCAGUUUGGAUGGUCGCUAUCAUACUGCACAAACAGUAUGUAACUAUUCAGAGGUGCUGUGUCGGUCGAAUCAAGAAGCAACAGACCAAGCAGAGUGUCAUCACAACAUGGAGACCACAAAAGACCAAGUAGACAGCACAUUUAACCCUGAGCAAAGAUCAUCCAUCCACUUUGCAGAGCCUUACUAUAUCAAGCAAGCAUCUGCUGUCCAAUCAGAGGAGCUCUAUCUAUCAAGGACACGUGACAGUCACUGGAGUGACAUUGUCACUGCAAAUAAGGUGGCUGUUGAAGCUCCGCCUGUGAGAAUUACAACACUUGGUGAGACUGAGAGGAACAAGUCUGUUGAAGUUGGUGAACCCAUAGUGCUGCACUGUGAGAUAACAGAUCCUAACGCUCAAGUUACUUGGUACAAGGAUGGGAUAAAACUACUCGAAGCAGCUGGGCAAGACAUGCUGGCAGAAGGUUCCAUAAGAACACUGGCUUUCCAGUCAGCGAUGCUGUCUCAUGCAGGGACUUACAGCUGCAAGACAGCAGAUGAUGCAAUGCAGUUUCAUGUGGACGUUAAAGCUCCACCUCUGACAUUUUCAGCUCUAUCUGAGGCUGACCAGAAAAUGACGGUCAUAACGGGCUCUCCCAUUGCUCUACAAUGUGAGCUGUCAGACCCCACUGGACACGUCAGUUGGUACAAGGAUGGAGAAAUGCUCCUACCUCAAAGUGGAGUAGACAUCCAGUCAGAGGGAAAUUUGAGGAGUCUUGUUGUCCCGUCAGCUGAGCGGGCUCACACUGGCGUGUACCGUUGUGAGUCAAAGGAUGAUGACAUCCAGUUCGAUGUGGAAGUAAAAGCUCUACCUGCGAAGUUCUCAGAGCUGCAAGAGAAUGACAGAACCAAGUCUGUCCGAGAAGGCUCUCCCCUUGUCCUCAGCUGUGAACUCACUCAUGAUCCCUCGGCUCAUGUCGACUGGUAUAAGGACGGGACGAAGCUCCUGCCACAAAACAAUGUGGAAAUACAAUCAGAUGGAUUGACAAGGACGCUGCUGAUCCCUUCAGCUGAAAACAGACAUGCCGGUACCUAUAAGUGUUCAACAUCAGAGGACACCAUCACCUUUAAAGUGGAAAUAGAAGGCCGAUCGCCACAGAUCAUGCCAAUCCCACUGUCUGAAAAAUACAGGUUGAUUGCAAUUGGUUGUCCAAUUAUCCUCCAGUGUGAGGUCUCAGACCCUGUUUCCCAGGUUUCCUGGUUUAAAGAUGAGGUGGAGCUUUUUUGCAAAACAGGUCUUGAUAUGAAAAGAGAUGGCAGCCUCAGAAAGUUAAUAAUCCAUUCUGCUAAGGUCUGUGACUCUGGCCUCUACAGCUGUAGCCUCGUUGAUGAUGUUGUGACAUUCCAAGUGGACGUCGAAGCUACUCCUGUGAGGUUUUCAACGCUUCCAGAGGUGGCAAGAAAAAAAAUUGUCGAAGCAGGCUCCCCAGUUAGGCUGCAGUGCGAAGUCUCAGAGCCAACUGCCCAAGUCUAUUGGCACAAAGACGGAGAACAGCUGCUUCCAAAGAGCGAAUAUGAAAUCGAAACAAAAGAAAAAGUGAGAGGGCUGGUUAUUCAAUCAGCAGAAGUCAGACACUCUGGGGUGUACAGCUGUGAGGCCGCAGAUGACCAAAUAGAAUUCAAGGUGGAUGUUGCAGCUGUUCCAGAGGCUGAGGGGAACAAGUCUGUUGAAGCAGGCAGCCUCACCACACUGCAGUGUGAGAUCUCAGACCCUGCAAUCCAGACCUACUGGUAUGAGGAUGGAGUAAAACUCUUGCCAGAAUCAAGAAUAAGCCUCAGUUCAGAGAACAAUAAGAGGACACUGGUCAUGACGUCGGCCACAUCUUCAUGCUCUGGGGUGUACGAUUGUAAAAGUGGUGAUGAUGAUUCAGAUUUCAACGAUUUCUGUGUGGAGGUUAAAGCGCCACCGGUAACAUUUGCAGAUGUCCCGGAGAAGGACCUUUUCCAGAGUGUUGUGGAACACGAACAGCUUGUGCUGUCAUGCGAAAUAUCAAGGGCUGAUGGUGUUGUCCAGUGGUACAAAGAUGGAACAGAAAUGCAACCAAGCAGUAACGUCACAAUGCAAGCAGACGACACCAAAAGAAGUCUGACUAUACAUUCAGCCCAACUGUCUGACACAGGCACAUACACAUGCCGUGCAGGAGACAACAUUUUAAUUUUCAAGGUUACCAUACGAGAACCUCCUGUGAUGAUAAUCUAUCCCAAGGAGGAUGUUCAUCUGGACCGUCACGUUCCUGAAGAAAUCAUUCUGAGCUGUGAACUGUCUCGUCCCAGCGGUGUUGUCAGUUGGUACAAGGACGGCCAAAAGCUGCAAGAGAGCGAGAACAUCAAACUCAAGAUAGAAGGCCCCUAUCGACGACUUAAGAUCAUCUCCAGUGGAGUUGAGGACUCUGGAGAAUAUGUCUGCGAUACAGCUGAUGAUUCAAUAUUCUUCCACCUCAGUAUUACAGAACCUCCAGUGCAAAUAGUAUCCCCAAGUCAAUCACAAAUGGAGCUGUGUCAGCAGACCUCUGAGAGGAUGGUACUGAGCUGUGAGAUCUCACGGCCCAAUGCAGUGGUGCGCUGGUAUCGAGACGGACUUGAGGUGGAAGAGAAUGACAACCUCAUUCUAGAGGUGGAUGGUGUCUACAGGAGACUUAUUAUCCCUGAAACUACUGUUAAAGACUCAGCAGAAUAUGUCUGUGACACAGCAGAUGACUCAGUGACGUUCUUUGUAAACAUAGCAGAGCCCCCUGUUCGCUUCAUUCGUCCACGGAAGAUGGCAAGUAGAGUCGAGAAAGUGGCCGGGGAGACUCUGGUUCUUGACUGCGAGGUUUCAAGAUCCAAUGCCGAAGUCACGUGGAAGAAGAACGGGGAAGAAGUGGAGGAUUCCAGGAAUAUCACUAUCCUUGAGGAUAGUGUCAUGCGCCAACUAACCAUUCACUCUCUAAGAGUAGAGGAUGCUGGGCAAUAUGUCUGCGAUGCAAAGGACGACGUGAUGGAUUUCAGCGUGACAGUGAAAGAGUUGCCCGUAGAAAUACUUGGAAAAACCGAUGCAAAGACAGAAAAGCAAUUCUUAGUAUCCGAUGAUAUUAUUCUCGUGUGUGAACUCUCAAGAUCCAAUGCCGCAGUGAAUUGGUACAAAGAUAGUCAGCUAAUUAACGACACCGAGCGAUACUGUAGUGAGGAGCAAGGUGUCUUCCGAUCACUGGUUGUCCUCAAUGCGGGGCUCGAGGAUUCGGGGGAGUAUACCUGUGAUGCGGUGGAUGAUAAAAUGGUGUUCUAUAUCACUGUCAAAGAGCCUCCUGUGCAGAUCGUUGGAAACUCAGGUCACCCGGAGCAUCAUAUGCUGGUAGCAGGAGAUGACCUUAUUUUGGAGUGUGAAGUGUCUCGGCCGAACGCCACUGUCCAGUGGUUAUGGAACGGCGAGAUACUGAAACCAGACACUCGUAUAAAAAUUGACAGCUAUGAGCUUGUGAGGAAGCUUGUUCUCUCUGGACUUAAGCCCUCAGACUCUGGAGAAUACAUUUGUGACGCCAUCGAUGACAAACUAAUAACAAUAGUGGAGGUCCAAGAGCCACCAGCCACGUUUGUGAACAAAAAAUCAAAUAAUAACAUCUCGGCGUAUGAAAACGAGAGCGUCACACUGUGUGCCGUCGUGAGCCGCGACAGAGCUAAUGUUCGGUGGCUGAAAGAUGGCCAGCUUUUGAAUGAGGACAACAUUCACAUCUCCAGUGAGGGUAAUACCCACAAGCUCACCAUUAAUCCUUUGCAGCUGUCAGAUUCAGGAGAAUAUGUCUGUGACGUAAACACAGAUGAGAUGUAUUUCAGUCUUUUAGUCAAAGAUAUGAAGGUGAAAUUUAUCAGACAAUUGGAGAAUAUUGUGUCUCCGAAGGGCAGCAGCCUUACAUUGCAAUGCGAGAUCAACAAGCCCAAGGGAGAUGUCCAGUGGCUAAAAGAUGGCCAGGAGAUCUCUCCGAGCCGUCGGCAUACAAUACGGGCACAAGGCAGAGAGCGAAGCUUUACCAUCCACCAACUAGUGGAAGAAGAUGCUGGGGAAUAUGUCUGUGAAUCUACAGGUGACAGAACCUCAGCAACUGUCACUGUAGAAACUCCCCGUGUUGUUGAGUUCAUAGCAGAGCUUCGUAACAUCACCGUCUGUGAAGGAGAAGAUGCAAUAUUUAAGUGCGUGGUUUCGCCAGAGGACACUAAGUUAGCGUGGCGCUUAAAUGGCAAGCAAGUAGCUCUGAAUGAGCGUACCGUCAUUUCCAGCAAUGGACUAUGCCACAUGCUCUGCAUCAACAACUGCAUGGUUUCAGAUAGCGGCAGAGUGACAGCUGAUGCAGAGGGAUUGGUAUCAGAGGCAGAACUCCAGGUUCAAGAGCAACAGGUGCUGUUCACCAAGAAAAUGACACCAGUUGUAGCUGAAGAGUACAGUGAGGCAACUCUAGAGGUGGAGGUGAGUCUAGAUGCGGGAGAGGUGCAGUGGAUGAGACAAGGGGUGCUGAUCCACCCUGGGGCCAAGUAUACCCUGAGUCACAAUGGCCGAAAACACAGUCUCACCCUCCACAAACUGGCCAUGUCCGACCGGGGCACCUACAGCUGCGAAACCCUCCAUGACCGCACGCAAGCCCAGCUCACAGUGGAACCACGCAAAAUCACAAUCAAGAGGGGUCUGAGCGACAUUAAAACCACGGAGAGAGAAACGGCCUCUUUUGAAGUGGAGCUCUCCCAUCCCAAUGUCCCGGGCACCUGGAUCAGAAACGGAAUCCAGCUUAAGCCGACAAAUCACUUUCGUAUGAGCGCCAAAGGACAAGUCCACAGCCUCACGAUCUCUAACCUAUCGGUAGAAGACACCGGCACCUUCAUGUUCUGCGUAGAGAAUCUGAAGACGUCUGCAAGACUUGUUGUCAGAGAACCUCCAGUCACCGUUUUCAGAAAUCUGGAGGAUCAGAAAUUCCCUGAAGGGGCAGUGAUCUCUGUUGAGUGUGAGCUGUCGAGACACAACGUUGACGUGAAAUGGAUGAAGGAUGGGACUGAGGUCAAGCCAAGCAAGGACUUGCGUAUCUACGCAAUGGGAAGAAAACGAUUUCUUCAGAUCAUGAAAUGUCAAGUCAGUGAUUCUGGCAUCUACACCUGCGACGCUGGAGAUGCCACUACAUCCUGCACUGUGGAGGUCUACGAGCGUGAACUGUUGACACUGCAGUGUCUCGAGGACCUGGACAUUCAGGAAGAUCAGAACGCCGUGUUUGUCUGUGAGAUCUCUGUGGAGGAUGUGCCGGGGGAAUGGUACAAAAAUGGGGAGCGGAUACAACCCACCAGCACCAUCAAGAUCCGCCAGGAAGGUCAGCUUUAAACCUAUU